AUAAUCCAAAAAAGGGCUCGUGAAAUUAAAAAAAUACCGUUAAAGCAAAUGUAUUCGCAACGUCCUUUUCUAUAAUAUUUUCGCGUCUUCUUCGCUCCCAUCUCUCUCUCUCUCUCUAAUCUCUUGUGUGAUUUUUAUCAUCGUGAAGAAAGCUCAAGGAGGUUGAAGCAUUUUCAAUUCAAAUUUGAAUUUCUAAGACUCCAGUUAGUGAAGAAAAACUGAAAGUGAUUGAAUUGAUUUUUGGAUGCUUGGUUGUGAGAGACAAUGGCGUUGUUUUUUAUGAGGAAAGCUUCGACAGCUGAGUUGGAUGCUUUCUAUCCAAUUAGACCAGAAUGCCAAGUUGAUGUCCCGAAGACCCGGUUUAGGCUCAGGGCUGGGAAAACUCUUAGUGCAAGAAGAUGGCAUGCUGCCUUCUCUGAAGACGGUCACUUGGAUAUAGCCAAAGUACUAAGACGAAUCCAACGAGGGGGUGUCCAUCCUGCAAUCAAAGGUGUAGUCUGGGAAUUCUUGUUAGGUUGCUUUGAUCCAAAUAGCACAUUUGAUGACCGGAAUCAGCUCAGGCAGGGCCGGAGGGAGCAGUACAGCAGAUUGAAAUCUGAAUGCCAAAAGAUGGUUCCAGUUAUUGGCAGUGGAAAAUUUCUUACAACACCAAUCAUCACAGAUGAUGGCCAACCAAUAGAAGAAUCAGCAAAUGGCAAUAUAAGUAACAAUGGAGGGGAUGCAAACCAUGCUACUUCAGACAAGAAAGUGAUUCAGUGGAAGCUUUUCUUACAUCAAAUUGGUUUGGAUGUUGUUCGCACAGAUCGAUCACUUGUCUUUUAUGAGAGUCAAGCUCAUCAGGCAAAACUUUGGGACAUUCUUUCAGUUUAUGCUUGGGUGGACAAUGAUAUUGGUUAUGUUCAAGGAAUGAAUGAUAUAUGUUCGCCAAUGGUAAUUCUUAUUGACAAUGAAGCAGAUGCCUUUUGGUGUUUCGAACGUGCGAUGCGAAGGCUGAGAGAAAAUUUUAGGUGCAGUGCUAGUUCGAUUGGGGUGCAAUCUCAGCUGAGCACACUCUCCCAAGUAAUCAAAACUAUUGAUCCUAAACUUCAUCAGCACCUCGAGGAUCUAGAUGGUGGGGAGUAUUUAUUUGCAUUUCGCAUGCUGAUGGUCCUGUUCCGAAGAGAGUUUUCCUUUGUGGAUUCACUGUAUCUUUGGGAGCUGAUGUGGGCCAUGGAAUACAACCCAAACAUUUUCUCAUCAUAUGAAGUGCCAAGUGGUGGCGCCACACCAUCUAAUGUAAAUGACAAAGAACUAAAGCAAUACGGCAAGUUUGAGAGAAACAUUGUGAAGACAGGAUACACAGAAAAACAUGGUGCACUUUCCGUUUUUCUUGUUGCAAGUGUUCUUGAGACCAAGCAAAAGCAACUUUUAAAGGAGGCUACGGGUCUAGAUGAUGUUGUCAAGAUCUUAGGUGACAUAACUGGGAAUCUGGAUGCUAAAAAGGCAUGUAAUGAGGCAUUGAGGAUUCACAAAAAGUACCUCAAGACUGUGAAGCAAUAGAUAAUUUCCUGGGAUAUCAACUGUUUACCGAAGUUUUGCACCCAGGUGUUGGUGAGUUGGUGACAACAUGGGACCUUCAAUUUUCUCAUCACUUUUUUUUCUGUCAUGUUUUCUUUGUACUUCUCUCUCUCUCUCUCUCUCUCUCUCUCUCUCUCUCUCUCUCUCUAAAAACAGAGAAGCAAUGUACCUAAUUGGGCAUCGGCUUGCAUACUUGCCCCAUAUAGAAAACACAGAGAGAGAAGAAAACAGAGAAGCAUGGUGUCAUAUUAUGUAAAGUCAAAGUAACUAGGGUUAUAGAAUAUAAAAUUUGAACGAAAUGCUUCUUUGGCAAUGGCAUUAUGAGCUUGCAUUACAA